AUGGAGAUCACCCAUCUCCUACUCCUACUCUGUGCAGGUAAGGACUCAAACUAUCUAACACAGGAAUGGGAAACUCCAGUCCUCAGGCACCAGAGCCUGUCACUUAAAUUAAGUAAUUUAACCAUUAUAGUCACAGAUUAUUCAUAUACCUGCUUUCCCAGAUCUAAAUCAUAUGUUUGGGUGGCAGGUGGCCUAGUGGUUAGAGUGCUGGGCCAAUAACCAAAAGGUAGCUGGUUAAAAUACCAGAGCUGACAAGGUGAAAAAUCUGUUGAUGUGCCAUUGAGCAAGGCACUUAACCCUAACUUGCUGGGGUGCUGUACUACUAUGGCUGAUCCUGUAAAAACAACACAUUUCACUGCACCUAUCUGGAGUAUUUGACAUUAAAACAUCUUAAGAAAUAACAAAACCCUAUUGACAGUCCAGUGAUGCCCAUUGCCCACAAGAUUAGUAACACGUGAGAUAGCAACCUGGGUCUCCCACGGGAGCAACCAACAUCUUAGACCAAUAGGAAAUUGAAGUCUGCAGGUGGAGUUACCUCAUCACGACUCAUGUCCGCUACAGUCACGCCCCUUUGACCUCCUCCCCCAUGAGACCGCCCCACGUUAGGCACCAUUGUAACAGGCGUGAUCUGAACCCGGGUCUCCAGAAACCAACGUCUUAGACCGUUAGACCGAUAGGAAAUUCCCCUAUUGGGCUAUGGGCAGACACUGGUUUUGACGUUCGCAGGCGGGGUUACCUCAUCACGUGACCAUUACUGACUCAUAUCCACUACAUAAACACAAUAUCACAAAGCAUUAAACUAACCUCUCUUUACUUCAUUUGUUGGCCAUAUGCUAACAUACUUUCUGUCCUCAGGUGUCUGCUGCACAGCCGUUCAUAGCCGUCUCAGACAGUUUCAUCUCAAUAUGACAAGUGCCGAAUGGAGAGAAGCACUGACAUGCUGCCGGACGAACUAUACUGAUCUAGUCACUGUGUACAAUCAGGAGGAAGCUAAGCAGCUGAAACUGUUAUUGACAUCUAAUGACAACACAAGUGCCUGGAUAGGUCUCAGUCGCAAAGAGCACAGUCUGAAGUGGUCCAAUGGAGACCCUGUUAAUUUCAUUCCAUGGUUACCACUUCCAAGCCCGCACACAGAGCCAAUGUGUUUUUCAAUAAUCAAAAACAAUACAAUAUGGUAUAAUUGUACAGAUAAUAAAUACUUCAUGUGUUACAAAAAAGGUAAAACAUUCAAUACACUAAAACAUUUCCUGUAUCUUGUAUCUAAAUAUUAUGAUAUUUAUAUCAAACUAAGUUGCAUAUGAAUCUUAUGUCUUUGGAGACAAAUUGCAAAAAUUAAUAUCAAUAAUAAAAUCGAUCUAUUCUGUGUGUGUGUGUGCAUGCGUGCGUGCGCGGGCGUGUGUGUGUUUAGGGGUCCAUGAUUCCUCCCUUAGAUACAAGCUGAUUGAACAGAACAUGACCUGGUAUGAGGCUCAGACGUACUGCAGGAAUAAAUACACUGACCUGGUCAGCAUCAUGAAUGAUGUACAGAAGGAGGAAGUGGAGAACAAAGGGAUGAACAGCACUACUCCUUACUGGAUCGGCCUGCUGUAUGAUGACUGGGAGUGGGCUGAUGGAGGGAGAUCUGCCUACAGAGACUGGUGGCACACACCAUCCAUAAAAUAUCCUGGAGCAGCAGAAAAUGGCACAUUUCUGUGGCCAUUUGGUAUGACGACUGUGCCACUCAUAAAUAGAGGCAAUGUACUUUGUUCUGAAGGUAAGUUGUCAAAGAUGAGCAUAGUCAAUGUUUUGAAAAGUUCCAACUGUUGAUCCUUAUGUGCCUGCUCAUCUCACCCCUAAAAGGUGUCAAAAUGAGUUCAAAUACAUAUUUCAACUAUCCUCAAUUAUUUAAUCUGCAAUCUGAAAUGCCACAUCUGAGUCUUUAGGAAGACCUGAAACUGGGAAGAAGCUCUCUUUCAAUAGAGUGUGUCUGCUUUAAGAAAUGAACCAAAGACCAGGGGCCUCAUUUAGAUACCUACUAAAUACACACCAAACCAUGCGUACGCAAGUUUCCCGCAAAAGUAGGGAUUUAUAAAAACGGAACUUGAAGAAGUGAAAAUGUGCUCACCUUCCCACAAACUUUAGACCAUGCGUAUGCACAUUUCUAGUGGUUGAAGUAUUGCAUUGCAAGCAGGCAAGUAGAUUAGUAUUUUGUGCUUUUAUACUUGAAAUAGCUAAUCUACAGUAUUUAUUACUGUGAAGUGUGUCCAAAUUAAAUGAGAGAUGGGACAAAUGGUAGCCUAUCCUAACUUAAUUGUUGUCGGCAUAUAUAAGCUAUUUUGCGAGUAUGAAACCAUCAGUCAGAAAAUGUGAAAUAUGAAAUCAUUUUCUGCAAUGAUCAUGGAAAUGAAAUAGCCUAAAUAAUAGCAAACACACGGAGUGUUCAAAACAUUAGGAACACCUGCUCUUUCCAUGACAUAGACUGACCAGGUCUAUUGAUGUCACUUAUUAAAUCCACUUCAAUCAGUGUAUAUGAAGGGGAGGAGACAGGUUAAAGAAGGAUUUUUAAGCCUUGAGACAAUUGAGACAUGGAUUGUGUAUGUGUGCUAUUUAGAGGGUGAAUGGGCAAGGCAAAAGAUAUAAGUGCCUUUGAACGGGGUAUGGUAGUAGGUGCCAGGCGCACCGGUUUGAGUAUGUCAAGAACUGCAACGUUGCUGGGUUUUUCACACUCAACAGUUUCCCUUGUCCAAUAAAAACAUUGACACAAAUGUGGGAGGCAUGGGAGUCAACAUGAGCCAGCCUUCCUGUGGAAUGCAUUCGAAACCUUGUAGUCCAUGCCCCGAUGAGUUGAGGCUGUUCUGAAGGCAAAAUGGGUUGCAACUCAAUAUUAGGAAGGUGUUCCUAAUGUUUUGUCCACUCCAUGUAUAUUCCCAAAUAUGUUAUUUUCUCUGUUACGCUGUGUGCACUGAACUGACAUGCAUGAUUGUUGAUGACACUCCGAUGUUCAGAUGAAGAUAAUUAAAUAGUCUAUAAUGUGCACUGCAGCAGCUGUGUGUAGCCUGCUGUAGCUGCUGGCAAAGUUAUUCAAAGCCUAUUCUUUAUCACUCAGGAUGUAACGAUCUAGUGCUACUAUUUUUUGCCAUGUAAUGUUGUUAUUAAAAUAAAAACAGACAACCCCAUAGUAAAAUAGUUUACCUGUUUACCUAGUUGGCUUGCUGUUGUGUGUUCUAUGCGAGAUAAAUAUUAUUCUCGAGGCGCAUUCAAGUUGCGAGAGCCAUAGGAGGGAAACGUAUUCUGACAAGCAGUCAAUGAACAGCCAUUCUUAAUGCAAUCGCGGUAAAACACUUUUGAAAGCAGUUUUAGCAAGUUUAUUUUGAAAGCACACCGCAAAACAUGUUUUAUUGGCAGCACAGUAGCCAGUAGGUUACUCUCAAUUUACAGUAAAAUGGCCAGUUGUGCAACAUCUGUAAUGUCCGUGCUUUCAUCAAUUGCAACCGAAAACGCAAUAAAUGACUUUACUUUUUGCUUCAACUUGCUGUCCAAAUCCACUGAAAGAUCGGAAAUCCUGUCUGCAACUGUGUUUCUUGUCAGGCUGAUAUUUGCAAAAGCCUGGUGCUUUUCAGGGCACACAAUCUCUGCUGCCUUUCAUUAGCAAUGAGGUAGCUAGCUUUCACUGCAGCGUCACUGAUGUCUCGGCUGUGAGUAAACACAGACUGCUGUUUCUUCAGACCCACCAACAGUUCAUUCACCUUCUCUCUUCUCCGCUGUCCUUGAAAGUUGUCAUAUUUGUCGGCAUGAAGACUCACAUAGUGGCGACGAAGGUUAUAUUCUUUCAGCACUGCAACAUGCUGUGAACACACCAAACAUACAGCUUUCCCAUUCAAUUCCGUGAAUAAAUAGAAGGAUGACAAUUUUUCUUGGAACACUCUGCACUCUGCGUCCACUUUUCUCUUUUUUGACAGAGACAUAUUGGGGCAAUGAGGGUGCCAAAGCACAUAAUGUUAAAAGUAGAAGCCGUAAUAAAUAUAGCGGGCAAAACAAAGUAGCUCAUCCGGACUGGCUGCACUUGCUUGACCUAUUUGCUCUGCCCUGGCAUAAACAGUUUGCUUGCUUAACACAAUUGCUAUUGCGCCAUCCAGUGGACACAAUUGGAACAGCAUUUUAUUUUAUUGAAAAAUUGCAGCUCAUUUUUAUACUUUACAAAAUCAUCUCGCGAGACGGAUUAAACCCGUUUGCGGGCCUGAUCCGGCCCGCGGGCCGGACGUUUGACACCCCUGAUAUAGACCAUGCAUUGGCAAUAUGCAUGGUCCAAUAUGUUAAAAUAAUUUUUACAUAAUUUUUACCAGUAUGUUAUUGGGCCCAUUUCUAGAGGUGGAAAUUAUAUUUGAGAUCAGAAUCAUUUAAUUUAAUUAAAUAUUGGAGUCACCAGAACUGAGCUACAUAACAAUUAUCCCGGGGAGAACCCCAAACAUUUUAGUCUUUUAGCAGACAAUCUUAUCCAGAGAAACUAGGGUUAAGUGCCUUCAAGGGCAUAUUGACAGAUUUGUUUUAUCUAGUUGGCUCGGGGAUUCAAACCUUUCGGUUACCACUAGGCUACCUGCCACCCUAAGCAAGGGGACUGGAAUUGGUCAAACUCACAGUUUAAUACAUGUACAAAUUUAUCCUCUGUCCCUAAAAGCAUGACUUUCUUACAUGAAAAGGGAUUUUUUUUGCUUUAACCCUUGCCCUUGGGAACAAGCUCUAAUCUUUAAUGUUCAUUUACAUAUCUAUUAUUUCUUAUUUAUCCAUUCAAAGAAAGCAAAAGUAUACAUUUCAUAGUUAUAAAAAGUUUAAUGUGAAAGAACAACUGUCAGUGUUGAUUAUAAUUCGUUUGGAAUGUCUUUCAGGCAAUGUUAACAUCCACAUCAUCAGAGAAAGAAUGUCUUGGGAACAGGCUUUGGACUACUGCAAGAAUAACCAUGAUGGACUGCUGCGUAUUGAGACAGAAGAUGACCUAAAGGUGAUCCAGCAUACGUUAAAUGUGUCUAAUUUAACUGGUCAUGUGUGGGUGGGUCUGAGACAGAGCCGUCUUUUUGGGUUCUGGGUCUGGACCAAUGGGCUGCCAGUGGGGUGGAGUAACUGGGAGGGAGAUUGGCAGCCUGAACAGCCUCUUUCCCAUCACUGUGGUGCCAUGGCAAUGGUAGCAGGAUACAAGUGGAGUCAUCAGAACUGUCUGUCCAAGCACUACUUUAUUUGUGAGGAGUAAUCAUACAGAUGGAAAGAGGCCUCAUCAUUGUAUCUGUGCCAUUAUGGCGUCUGUGACAGCAUGGCCAGAGCCAUUGAGGAUAUCUAAAUUUUGGAGUAGUAAAUUUUUCUUUUUAACUAUUGGCUGAUCCCUCCUGAUGAUGUGGUUGCACAUGACUCCAACAGGGUCACAAGGAGGGAAUAGCCAAUGAAGUUGGUAGUCCCACCCAGUUUACUAUAUUAAAAUGGUGGAAGUCCUCAAUGGCGCUGCCCAUGCUAAAAUGGCCUUUUGGGCUCUAGAGGCCUCUAUCAUUCUUUAUGGGAGUGAUACAUUUGCACCUUGUACAUAUUUUGAUUGACAUGUUGUUUUUAGGUAAUUGCUCAUUGAAAUUAUAUUUCCAAUGUCUUGUAAUGUUUAAGCUUACAGCAUGCAAUGUAA